AGGCAGCAGGAGAGGAUGGGUCGACGGUGUUGGGCGCUGCUGGGCGUGCUUUGGGGGUCCUGGUUGUGGGUGGGGCUGGUGGCCCAACGGAGCACCCCCUCCCCUCCAAGGCAGACCACGCCCGGAGGGGCCACCCCCGCCCCCAAGCUGCAGUUCCGCCUGGCCGGCUAUCCCCGCAAGCACAAUGAGGGCCGGAUUGAGGUCUUCUACCGCCAGGAGUGGGGCACCAUCUGUGACGACGACUUCUCUUUGGCCAAUGCCGAAGUCCUGUGCCGCCACCUGGGCUUCAUGGGGGCCACCGGAUGGGCCCACAGCGCCAAAUACGGCAAAGGAGUCGGGCGCAUCUGGUUGGACAACCUCAACUGCGGAGGAAGCGAGAAGAGCGUUGCGGAUUGCCCUUCGCGCGGCUGGGGAAACAGUGACUGCUCGCAUGAGGAAGACGCCGGCGUGAUCUGCAAGGAUGAGCGCAUCACCGGCUUCGUGGACUCCAACGUCAUUGAGACGGAACAGAACCAGCUGGAGGAGGUGCGCCUGCGCCCAGUGGUGUCGCACGCCAAGCGCCCGCUCCCAGUGGCCGAAGGCAUCGUGGAGGUGCGCCACCGCAACGCCUGGGCCCAGAUCUGUGACGAGAACUGGGGCAGCCGGAACAGCCGUGUGGUCUGCGGCAUGCUGGGCUUCCCGGCGGAGAAGAAGGUCAACCGCAACUUCUACAAAAGGGUCUCCAAGCCCCAGCCCAGAGACAGGCGCAGGGAGGCGUGGAGGGGCACCAAGAGGCUGUCUCUGGAGCGCCAGCAGAACCAGCUGAACUUCCGCCUGCACUCGGUCACAUGCACCGGGAACGAGGUCCACCUCUCCCUUUGCUCCUUCGAGUUCUACAAGGGCAACAGCACCGGAGCGUGCAAGGGGGGGAUGCCCGCCAUAGUCAGCUGUGUGCCAGGGCCCCUCUUUGCCGCCGGCAGCAAUCCGCAGGCCAAGAAGAAGAGGAGGCAGCAGCAGCAGAAGGAUGGGCAGCAACGUGUCCGCCUGAAAGCGGGUGCCAAGCCCGGCGAGGGGCGUGUUGAGGUGCUGAAGAACGGCGAGUGGGGCACCGUCUGCGAUGAUCGCUGGAACCUAAUCUCAGCCAGUGUGGUUUGCCGAGAGCUGGGCUUUGGUAGCGCCAAGGAGGCCCUGACGGGGGCACGCAUGGGCCAAGGAUUCGGCCAGAUCCACAUGAACGAGGUCCAGUGCCUGGGCUCCGAGAAGUCCCUGUGGAGCUGCCCUCACAAGAACAUCACCCAGGAGGGCUGCAAACAUUCGGAGGACGCCGCCGUCCGCUGCAACAUCCCAUACAUGGGCUACGAAACCACGAUCCGGCUGAGUGGGGGGCGCAGCCGCUUCGAGGGGCGGGUCGAGGUGGCACUAGGGCACGGUGGCCUCGGCACCCGCCGCUGGGGCUUGAUCUGCGGAGACAACUGGGGCACGCUGGAGGCCAUGGUGGCCUGCCGCCAGCUGGGUCUGGGCUAUGCCAACCAUGGCUUGCAAGAAACAUGGUACUGGGAUGCCAGCAACGUGACCCAAAUGGUGCUGAGCGGCGUGAAGUGUGCCGGACAUGAGAUGGCCUUGAGUCAGUGCCAGCACCACACCACCGUCACCUGCCGGAAGACGGGCACCCGCUUUGCUGCCGGCGUCAUCUGCUCUGAGACUGCGUCAGACCUCCUUCUGCAUGCCCCUCUGGUACAAGAGACCGCCUACAUUGAGGACCGUCCUCUGCACAUGCUCUACUGCGCCGCAGAAGAGAACUGCCUGUCUAGCACCGCCCGCAAUGCCACCUGGCCCUAUGGAUACCGGCGGCUCCUGCGCUUCUCCUCCCAGAUCCACAACAACGGCCGCGCCGACUUCCGCCCAAAGGCUGGGCGGCACUCUUGGGUCUGGCACGAAUGCCACGGGCACUACCAUAGCAUGGACAUCUUCACCCACUACGACCUCCUGACACCCAACGGCACCAAGGUGGCUGAAGGACACAAGGCCAGCUUCUGCUUGGAGGACACAGAGUGCGAAGAAGAUGUGGCCAAGCGUUACGAGUGCGCCAAUUUUGGGGAACAGGGCAUCACCGUGGGUUGCUGGGACCUCUAUCGGCACGACAUUGACUGCCAGUGGAUCGACAUCACGGACGUCAAGGCUGGGAAUUACAUCCUGCAGGUGGUGAUCAACCCUCGCUAUGAAGUGGCGGAGAGCGACUUCACCAACAACGCCAUGAAAUGCAACUGCAAGUACGACGGGCACCGCAUCUGGAUCCACAACUGCCAUAUAGGCGACGCUCUCAGCGAGGAGGCCAACCGGCGCUUCGAACAGUACCCAGGACAGCUCAACAACCAGAUCGCGUAGCAGCAGGGAAGACCACCCGCCGGCCCCCUCAUGCCACUAGAACUGCCCGCGUCAGCUGUGCCACCCGGAGAGAAGAGAAGCCCGCUGAGACAUCACCCCCAGGAUCCAGGGCUGAGAGGGAGAGCAGCUUGGGGGGCACAGCUGGGGCCACCUCAAAGCCAGCCCCACCAUCUCUGAAAGGAGAGAGGAGUUGCCACUGACCCUCUUCCCCAAACAGCACAACCUCUUGCGGCGUGUCUGGGACCGGACUGUCACCACCCCGACAUGGCCCCCAACACACGCCUUUUCAUUGCCAUGGGUACAUUCAGAAUGUUGAGGGGGUCUCGGGUAGGGGUCCCCUUGGUGCUGCAGGUGGCAGGCACGGCGGCCACCCGGGAGGUCCUCUGCCUGCCCCCCCCCCCCCCCACAUUCCUGGUGCUUCGGUCUCUGUCCGCCUGGGCAUUGGCCCACUCUGUCUCUUAUAUAAAGGUAACUCUCUUGGCCCAA